AUGAAGAUCGCUGCACAAAAGGUGUUCGACGUGGCGGAGCUUCUGGAGAUGAUCUUGUGCCAAUGCGAACCGUACCAGAUACGUCGCUUCAAGCGUGUCUCACGCAUAUGGCGGGAUAUGAUCGCUGGCUCCAAGGCCGUGCAACAGACGCAAGUCCUCCACGCUUGUUGGCGCGAGCACCACGAUGUUUAUGUGAACAACGCAAAUGACUUCUGGAACUUCGUAGAGGCCGACGAGAACAUCGCGAUUUACACCUCAACAGACUGGGUUCGCGUCAACCCGGCUUUUCGACAGCUGUCAGCCGAGCUCAACCAAUAUGUAAUCGACAGCUCGGCGUACCACAUCACCAUCGUCUUACCUACUGAAGGCAUGCCGAGUCAUAGCGAUGAAUAUGUCACACAUCCGCCUGUUGCACAGAUCACUAUUAGCACCUACCGCUGGGACCCUGUCCUAGAAGCCUGGGACACCCACUGUAAUGCCAAUAUCUGCACCGCUUACAACCCAACAGGCCUCAAAGUGAGCGAUCUCAUGGCAGCUCGUGAUACAAUGAGGUCUACGCAGUGGACUUGUUUCGGGCCAGAUCCCCAUCCGAUCGACGUCAUGGUACACGCAAGGCUACAGAUCCAUGGAUUCAACUCGAACUGCCAUUCCCAGGAAGACACGGAGCUGGACAAGAUGUACUUCCAGAGUUUUCUGCCACGAUAUCGCAAGCCUUACGAUGAAACGCGCUUCGAUUUCGAGAAGAUCAAGCAUAUGGACCGCAAGUUCGACUGGCACCUGUUCAUGGAAGUGGACUCCGAGCUGGAUACAAGUCAUUACAUGUGGGAGUUGUCAAGAUGA